AUGCGUUUAUAUGAGUUUUUCCGCAUUCUGGGCGACCUUGCCCACAUCUCUUCCAAAUGUAUACUGAUAGGGGCUAUCCACCGGAACAAGAGCGCUGAAGGAGUGUCGCUUCUUACCCAAAUACUUUAUGCCAUGGUAUUUGUUACCCGGUAUCUUGACUUGUUCCAGGCAAGGGGCUGGAGGAGUUUUUAUCUUGUGUUUUUCAAGAUCUUUUAUAUCAUUUCUUCGUUCUAUAUCAUUUUCAUAAUGAUGAGGGUCUUCCCUCGGACACGCGAAAGAGAGCGAGCCUGGAAGCUAGCCUUGGGCUCGGUUGGGGUGGCUUUGGUUUUGGCACCUAUCCUGCAUCCCAUCUUAUAUGGGAAAUAUCCGCCAGAAUACGUGUUUAGUGAGAUUUGCUGGGCAUUUUCCAUUGUUUUGGAGUCUGUCUGCGUGCUUCCCCAGCUCUUGCUGUUACGUCAAACCACCGUGCCCACCGUCAUCAACUCCUAUUAUCUUGUCACAUUAGGGUCCUACCGAGCACUUUAUAUUGUGAAUUGGCUUGUGCGAGGGCUGGGUCCUGACCAUUACUGGGAUAGGAUUGCGGAUGUGUUUGGCGUCAUUCAGACCGCCUUUUAUAUUGAUUUCGCCUGGGUGUACUAUACGCGUCAACGUGUGAAACUGCGAAACGGGGGAGUUGUUGACUCCGAAGACUUUCGAAACGGCUGGCUCCUAGGCAAGGUCUUCAACUUUAGACAAAGAAGUAGUGUUGACGAAGAGGAACAACACCUUCGCGAUGACGACGCCGACGAAGUGAGUAAUGACGAGCGUCCGAGGAGUAAUCGCUGGGGUGCAAGAGGUAUCUCGAUUUCAGCGGAUGACACAUUAGAUGAACAUCGUCAGCCCGAAUCCCGCCAUGGUAUGGACGAUGAGAACAAUGGCGGAACGGAGGGGUUUGUGGAGACCGAGGAUGGACAUCUGGGAGACAUCGAGUGGACGCAUUCACCCACGGUACCAGGCAACCGUGAUUGA